GGAAAUUUGCGACAUUCCAUUCUGAAAAUAUUUGUAAUGAGUGUUCUGAUAUAGCGUCAUUUUGAAACUUUGAAGAGACUUUAGAAAAAUAUAAUCUUGAUAACGAAAUUACUGUAAAAACGAAACUUCGGCAUGAAGUUAGUAUGCCUUGUCGUUUUAUUGGCAGUCAAAACAGUACUAUGUCAGAAAAGAGAAAGGGAAAUUUGCUUUGAUGGUUCAUCAUAUGUUCGAUAUGCAAUACCAGAAAAUGAUCCUAAGUUUGCAGCAGGUUCAGCAGAGGAUAAGAUCAAAUUCAAGUUUCGUUCUACGCAUGCUAGUGGACUGCUGUUAUAUGCUUACUCCAGAGGACUUAAUGGUGAUCAUGUUUUAUUGGAACUUGUUCGAGGAAAGCUAAGAGUGCGAUAUCAACUUGGUCCCAACAGUACACUUCAGCAAGCAAUACUUGGUGAUGGCCUUGGUGAUGAGAUUGUUUCAACUGUAAUUGUGAAACGAAAAAAGAAAGAAUUGACUGUAUAUGCCUAUGGGGGUCAAUCGGAUCAGAUGACUUUGAACAUACCCGGUGAUGACGAUCGUCUUGAUUUAAAUAGAUAUAUCUUCAUUGGGAGCUAUCCAAAUGGCAGAUAUCCUUCAUUCCAUGGUGUGGGCUUUCGAGGCUGUAUGACGGAAGCGACUUUUAAUAAUGUGGACUUUGUUGAUGGUGCAUUAAAUAACAGAAAGGGAUUUAAAACGGAAAAGAUUCUACCUUUUAAACCACGUAUACCACAAAGAGCUAUGAACUUUAACAAUCAAACUUUCUUGACGUUUGAUAUUCAACAAGAAGAUCCAUCUGAUAAUCCAUUAAUCUUGCAGAAAUUUUAUGGCUCGUUUGAAUUUCGGACUGUGCUUGUCAGUGGUACUAUAUUUCAUGCAUCAAGUGUUGCUUUACGAUUCCAAAGAUCCCAGCUUAUACUUGUGAGCGGUGGUUCUGAUCAAGUAACCAUCAAUUUUCCAAACGAGGGCACUGCAAAUGAUGGACGCUGGUUCCGUGUUGAAUAUGUCGUUGAGAAUGGGAAUAUGGAGUUGAAACUUGAUGACGUAGUACGCAGAAUCGUUCCCAAAAACAAUCCUCAGUUCUUAUCGAAAAUAACAUAUGGAUUUUACCAAAACACACGUUACUUUAUAGGCUGUAUUCGUAACUUACGUGUUCAAAAGACAGCAAUUGAUUACUAUGAUAUAGUUUAUCCUUAUCGUGGUACCAAGUUGGCUGAUUACAGAGAGUUGACUGAAGGCUGUAAGGCAAGUGAUCCUUGUGUUCCAAAUCCCUGUUUUCAUGGCGCAGCCUGUAUGACUAUUGUGCAAGGUCUUGGAGUGAGAUGUAUAUGCCGACAAAGCUACAGACCACCAUUGUGCCAGUUCUCUCAAUUACAAACAUCCUGCACGGCAAAAAAAGAUUUUGAACCAGGUACUGUUGCUUUCAACAGAGGUGAGUAUAACAUCGAUCCUGACGAUUCAGGACCUCUACCUCCUGUGAAAGUGACCUGUGAUUACAACCUAAAUUCACGUGGCGUGACGGAAAUUAAGGCCCCCGAGACGACAAUUCCAGUACAGAUACCUUCUCCUGUUAGGUACUCAGCGCGGUUUUCGUACAAGAAAGAAAUUGUUUAUGAGAUUCCUAUUGAAAGUGUUAAAGCCAUUGUUGAUCGAAGUGAACAUUGCCGACAAUAUGUAAAAUAUAGUUGCAAAGAUGCACCGCUUUUCAAUGCUCCCGGUGGUAAACCUUCUUCAAGAUGGCUCUCAGCCAAUGGCUAUCUUCAAUAUUACUGGGGAGGAGCGCGGCCCGACAGCUAUAAAUGCGCUUGCGCAUAUACUUCGAGUUGCAGAGGUGGUGGCUUCUGUAAUUGUGAUAGUCCUUCGUCUGAGAUCGGACCUGAUGCAGAUGACGGUUUGUUGAACGUUACACGUGAUCUUCCAGUUCGCGAAGUUCAGUUUGGUGAUAUGAAAGCAGAGACUCAAGCAAUUUAUACAAUAAGUAAAGUUGAUUGCUAUGGGCUUGACACUAUCGGCGCAGUGACUUUCCUUGCUCCCGACGGAUGGAUUCGUGCACCUUCUUGGAACUCUCCAUACGGUGGUGACAUAUCAUUCUAUAUCAAAACUGUGGCUACCAAAGGAGAUUUAGUUGAUCAUCGAAGUAGUGAUGAAACUUACGUUUUUCAGAUUCGUCUUUAUAGCGAAACUACCAUUCAAGUGGUUAUUAGUACAGGUACCACUAUUCGAACUAGAUAUAAUGCUGGAAUACCACGUCCUGGCAAACUUAAUGAUAACAAAUGGCACAGAAUACACGUUGUACGCACUUUGUGGCAAAUCUACGUAAAGAUCGAUAACAAGGACGCAGUGAAUCCAAAUAAUAAUGAAAAACUUCAACCGCUUCCUCUGACUGGUAAUGGUAGGAGUCGCUUUGAUAGUAAUCUGCCCAUGUUUGUGGGAGCUUUUUGGAGGUUUCCUGUUUAUAGAAAUGGAUAUGUUGGAUGUAUGAAGGGAUUCACCAUAAAUGGUGUUAUAUUUGAUCUUGUGAAUGCAAUCGAUAACAUUGCCCUGGAACCUGAAGUAUUGGUUGUGAAAGGCUGUGGAAAUGCUUGCGCGCGAAAGCCUUGUCCAUUUGGGACAUGUGUGGAUAAAUAUACAUCAUUUGAAUGCAAUUGUCAGGAAACACCGUUCUAUGGGACUUACUGCACCAAAGAAAUUGGGGCGUCAAUGAGUAAUUGGCCAACAAAUCCAGUUUCAGCAAACGUCACAAUAAAUUCUGUCUCCGAGAAAAUUGUGUUGGCAUUUUCAACCGCUAGUUGCUCUGGCACUUUAUUUGAACUACGAAAUAAUGUUGGACAAUACUACAGGCUUAGAAUAAGAGAUGAAGAUUCUCUGGAUUUCGAAUUUAAGCUCCGUGCUACUCCAGCGGUUGUAGUUCCCAUUAACAUCGAUAGUAUUAAUUUUUGUGACACUGCGAGGCAUAUUGUCAACAUCGAACGAACGUCAAACAACCGUCUUAUCAAAUACAUGGUCGAUGGUCGUCGUCAAGUUAUCCUAAGCGGCUAUACAAACGAUGCAAACGCGGCUUUUAAUUUAAUGGCGGUCGCCAAUUUCUCUUUGGGAAGGCAGUAUGACGGACUCCUUCCCUUCGAAGGCUGUAUUUCAGGAGCUAAAUUUCAUUUCUUUGCUUCAAAUGGUGUCAUGAAAACGGUUGAACCAAUUGUCCAAGUGCUUAAUUCAAACAGUUCAAACUUGCCGACGAAUUAUUCUUGCGGUCCUACCAUAAACACUCCAGUUCCCAUGACAACUAGGAUAGUGCCUGGACCAACUACACCGACUGAUUAUGCAUCUACCGAGUUUCUUCGUGAUGUCGGAAUCCAUGAAGCCGAGGACACAAACUGGGCUGUAGUAAUCGUUGUCGCUUUGCUUCUGAUGCUGGUGCUGAUUGCUGUUGUUGUUUUAACGGUUUGGUUUCUUAUGCAACACAAGAGUGAAUAUCAAAUACUGGAAAAUGCCGAUGGUACUGUGGUUGGCACCGCUACCGUUCGUGGUGGAGCUUCUAUGGCUUCUGUACCUGGACACGGUUCAGUUGCUGCAGCUCGUGCCCCACCCUCGGUUGCCUCAACUGGAAAUUUAAGUCGUGGGAAAUCUAAGUCCAAUGACCUCUUUGUAUGAUUUCUAACCUGUUUUGUCGUCCUUACUUCUUAAACUAUUUACUACAUCAGAUAAAGUUGUACCUUCAAUGAUAAUCCAAUACUCUGGUGUAAAGAAAUUUUUGAUAUGCAUCUUGUAUGAUCGUUGGAUUAGACUUUAGCUUUUUUUUAUGAAAAAACAUAUUUAACUUUUGUGUUUUUGCUCUAAAGCGAUGCUUUUGAAGAAUAUAAUGCAGAAUCACUUUCACAUUAGCUUUACAAAAGAUGGUCUCAAUCAAUCUACGUUUUUAGAAGUCAUAGCUUAACAAGAAGCAAUCGUGAUAUCAUAUUUUCAUUUGCUGUAAUCAUGUAAAAUAAAUAUAAUUUAAAUAAUAGCAUUACAUUUUACAUGUAUAACAACAUGUGACUUUCCCAUUCAAACAGCGUGUAUGUUUAAAUGAACAGUUCACAACCACCACAGUUAAUUCAAAAACCGAUUGAGUGGUUAGUGUACUGACAUUUUUUUCAUUUUAAUGAUAUUUAGCUUUUAAAUCUUCGCUCAGCUCAAUUUGGACUUUAGAAUAAACGUUAUUUUUGUUAUGUGUAA